AUGGAUCGCCAGUAUGCAAAUGGUUCUCCUUCAAGAAAAAGGUGGUCAAAAGAUGAAAGUAGCCGUCAAAGUUUAAAGGAAGCAGCUGUACAAGAGGUCUUGCCUGGUUAUGAAGAUUAUCUGUUAUUGUUGCAAGAAAGAAACAGAUUAUUGAAGAAAAUGAGAAGGAAAAACAAGAAUCAAAUUGAACAGGAGAAGAAAGAAAAAGGGUUUUCCAUCUAUGUGAAUGGUGCUAAUUCUGGCAGACGAAAGAGUCAGAAAAAUAGUGUUGUAGAUAGCAAUGAGAAUUCAAACUCUGCACCUAAAUCACAUCGUUUAAAAACAGCAGGUGAUGUUCCUAGGACAGUUGUAGUCCAUGAAUACCUUAAUAAAAGAAUUGAGGAGAAAAAGAGACAGGAGGAUCAGAAACGAGUAAAGACAGCUCCAGCCAGGGAACGACGGCGUAAAUGGAUGAAAGAGUCGGUGGAGCUACAGACGGCUAGAGGUGAAAAGUGCAAAUUGAAAGCACCCGAACUUGUCACAGGAAACUAUGAUGAUGACUUUGAAGAUGAAGAAGAUAGUAAUGAUGAUGAGGAUUAUGACAGGAGUGAUGAUAGUACAGACAGUGACAAAGAAUGGAUGAAAUCCAAGAUGUUGAAGAACUUGAAGAAGAAAGAAGUGAGUGAUGAGGAGGAGGGACGUGUAAGGUAUAAACGAAGACUUAGUACACCAAUUCAGCAAUCUCCAAGGUCUCGACAUCAGGAGCCGGAGUCCGGUUCAGAGGAAUCCUCGGAAGAUGAGGAGGUGAAAGAGAAACUCAUGCUGAGUAUUGCAGAUGUCAAGGAUGAGGAUGACUCUGCAAGGAGUUCUCCAAUUCCUGAAGAAGAUGAGGAGGUAGAGGAAGACCUGGUUCCUGCCAUGGACAGUAUGAGUUUGGAGCAGAAAGUGAACAAGCCUAUAUUUAAACCAACAGACACCAUUGUCCUUGAGCUAAGUGCUCCCCCAGUUCGCAAAGGAAAACUGGAGAAAAACCUGUCAGUGGCAAGGAAAAAGGAUGCAGAAAUUGACAGAAGUUACCCGAGUAAAUCUUCCAACACCAGUUCAAAAACCCCUCGGGCCAAAUCUGCUGUUUUACAAUCUAAUGUGCCAUCCAAGAAGUCGAAUCGUCCCCUGUCAGCCAAUAGGGUAAACAAGGACCACCGGACAGACACACAGGAGGAGGCUACAGCUGUGCUGGCUGCACUGAAGGCAGAGAAUGAUAAGGCAGCUAAGGGAGGACAGGUCUGCAAGUCACCAGCAACACCAGUUAGUAAACAGGGACCCAAGCCAUCUGUUAGUAAGGAGUCACCAUUGAGAAAAUCAGAAACAAGGAGCUCAGGUCCUCUUCCAAGUCCCCGCUCCAAGCCAGCUGCUGCCACAAGAGGCAGUACUGAUGACUCGCAAAGCUUCCUGGCUGAUGACAGACUUACAAAUAUCAUGAAGAAAGUCCUGAUGAUGCAGCCAAAACAGCAGAAGAAGCUGAUGAAGGUUCUAGGAGACCUUGAUGAUUCCCUAGAAGAUGAACUACAGCACAUUCCAAAACACUCCCCAAAGGAGCCUGUCAAAGCCACUAAACCUGUCCAAGACAUGUUACAGAAAUCAGCACAAAAAUCAACCCAGAAAUCAGUUCAGAGAUCAGUUCAGAAAUCAGUUCAGAAAUCAGUUCAGAAAUCAGUUCAGAAAUCAGUUCAGAAAUCAGUGCAGAAAUCUGUGGAGAAAUUUCCAAACAAGAUGGUGGAUGAAGGAAUAGAAGUAAACAUUGAGAUCACAUCCAACUGGGGUCAUCCAGCUCUGCUGGGUCUGACUGAAAUCCAGUUCUUUGAUGUAGAUGGUCACCUUGUGCCAGUAUUUCCAGACAACAUAAUAGCUCACGGAGCUCAGGAGCAACAGUCAGCUUUAAGUGUUCUAUUCAAUGGCAAAUAUAAGACAAGUAAGGAGCGGAAUAUGUGGGUAUGUAAAUACCGACAGGGGCACCCAAUAGAGCUCUGUAUCUUACUCCCACACACCUUCAGGGGCAAACAGCUGGACAUAUCUAAGAUUAAACUCUGGAACUACAACAAGAGCAUAAAUGAUCUUGAGAUUGGAAUCAAAGAUACAAGAGUGUUUAUCGGAGGAGUGUUGAUGUUUGAUGGCCAUAUAGAUAAGGGUUGUGGAAACCAAGUGUUUGACUAUGGUGCAAUCAUAGACUGUCGGGAUAGACGAUCACCUUCCAAGUCCAGUAGUCACUCACAGAAUGAUAUAACGCAUAGCAAACCUCCUACCUCUCCUGUGUCUAGAAAUCGUAAUACUAGUCCUGUGUCCAAAAAGUCUCCUACUCCAACAUCUCCAAAGAUCAGACACGAAGAAGAUGCAGGUGGUAUUUUGCUAAAGCCGACUUUAUCACCAAGGUCACGUGGUGACAAUGCCAAGAAAAAUUCCAAUUCCAUUGACCCUAGCACUCCUACUGAGGAUUAUAGAAAACUGCCAGCCUUAUCUCGAUUGUCGUCUAAUGAAGAGAGACGUCCACAGAGUGAGUCUUCCAACUCAUCCAAUGAGAAUACAGCUGUAGGUCAGACCAAGGUCACAAAAGAGGAAAUCAAAGUCCGAAGUGAGACACGCACUAUGAACUAUUCCGAAAAGGAUAAAAAUAAAGAUUUACGAAGGCCCUCUGUGACUUCCGAUAGGUCUGGAUCUGAAGCAGAUGAAGACAACAGAGGUGAGUCCAGGAUGCCUAAUAGACCACGUGGGUCCAGAACACCAAGAAAAUCCAAAAGAAUGGCUGCCAAAUUAGACGGUCACUCAUCUGAGGAAGCAAGGGACUCAUCACGAUCGGUCAAUGAUAGUACAGACCAGCGUCCCCCACGUCCAGGGAAGAAGUCGGAAGACAGGCCACCUAUUUCACAGUCUGAAGAGCAGCGUGUUGAGGUGUCUGUUCAUGACUCAGUUUCACAGAGUCAAGGGGACACGUCUAUGAUACAGCAGCUGAAGCAGAUGAACCAGAGAGACCAGAAAAGGAAAAAGGACAUUCCAAAAUGGCUGAAAGCAGAAGAUGUUGCAGGGGCAUUUGAGAAUCCAGUAGCAAGUCAGAUUGUAUCCGAGCCAAAACCUGUAAACAUGACAGAGGCUGCCCCGGUAGAGGAUUCCAAAGAGACUGUUGACCAGCUGAUAGAGGAAGAAAUGGCUUUGUGGCCUGAGAAAAAAGAACUAAAAACAGUGUUCAAUGAAGACAAGCCACCUACCAAAGAAGGAGAAAUAAAAAACUCCACGCCCAUGCAGAAGAUACAGCAGAACAGAGCCAAGUGGCGUGAAUCACAGAAGAAAAACCUGGAGGAGUCUUGGGGAUCACUUAACAUGUUUGACAGGCAUCAGAAGGGCCGCAUAUCUAUGGAUUUGGAUGAUGAUGCCCUGGACGAGUAUCUGAAGCCACUGGGAAAACCCCAGCCCACCAUCGCUGAGGAGGAGGAGGGAGAGACUGUCACUAAAGUGCCUGUAACUGAGGAUAUAUCUUUUGAAGAUGAAGAUUUCGUCAUUCCUGAGCUGCCUUAUGGUAAAGAUCUGGUGAUUGACAUUCGAUCCACAUGGGGAGACAAUCACUAUGUUGGUUUAACAGGAAUAGAGGUCUUCUCCAGUACAGGGGAUCCAGUUGUCAUUUCAAAGAUUACAGCUGACCCCUUGGACAUCAAUAUCCUUCCCGAGUAUAACAAAGAUCCUCGUGUAGUAAGCAACCUUAUUGAUGGUGUUAACCGUACACGUGACGAUGUCCACAUGUGGCUAGCUCCAUUUAACCGUGCAAAAAAACACUUAGUGUACCUUACAUUUGAGAAACCUUGUAAGGUGGCACUGAUGAGGAUAUGGAAUUAUAACAAGUCCAGGAUUCAUUCAUAUCGUGGUGUUAAAGAUGCAGUAAUCACAUUGGACAAUGUCCCAAUCUUCAAAGGCGAAAUAGCGAGAGCUUGUGGAGGCAUAGAGGGGGGAACAGAAGCUUUUGGGGAUACAUUCCUGUUUACAAUGGAUGAACAUACUCUGGAGGCCAUAUCUAAAAACGAUGAUGCUUAUGAAGGUGACAUGUUUAGUGACGAUGAAUUAUAUGAUGUGGCUUUUGAACGUCCUGACACAGAUGACGAGGGUGAUGAUUCUCGGCCUUUCACCAGAGCCUGUGGUAAUGUAAAGUCAAAGGCACAAAAGGAAGCUGACUCUCUGCCACGUCCUGCCACCAGUAUCACUGGGGAGGGAGACCUUAUUGUGUUCAGGGGGAGAUGUUUGGAGCUAAAUUUCACAGAAACAUGGGGUGACCUUCAUUACAUGGGUCUCACUAGUCUUGAGGUUGUUGGAAAAGAUGGAGAAGCACUUCCUCUCAAAUUGAGCAUGCUCACUGCUAAUCCAAUGGAUUUACAUUCACUUCCAGGUCAUGAAAGGGAUGACCGCACAUUGGAUAAGGUUAUAGAUGGUACCAAUGUAACAAUGUCUGAUGAACACAUGUGGCUUGUGCCAUUUACGGAAGGAAAAAAUCACAGCCUCACAAUAGACUUUGGCCAGACAGUAUUAGUGGCAGGGCUGAGAGUAUGGAACUACAACAAAAGUGCAGAGGAUACAUAUCGUGGGGCCAAGACUGUCCAUGUAUCAAUAGAUGGAAAGAAGAUAUCUCCUAGGGAUGGUUACCUCAUACGCAAAGGACCAGGGGUAUGUCAUUUUGACUUUGCCCAGGAGAUCAGUUUCGCUCCCCAGGAGAAACCAGCAUCCAUACCUCACCAGGUUAAAUCUGGCUCUGGUGCCAUGAGAUCUUCUGUCAGUGAGGAUGACUCUGGACAAGAAUAUGAAGCGGUACAGAUGCCAUGUGGCUUCAUAUACCAGUUACAGUUGAUGUCCACGUGGGGUGAUCCAUACUACAUUGGGCUGAAUGGGAUAGAGUUUUACGAUGCUGCCUUAAAUCAAAUUCAGCUCACUGAGACAAACAUAUCAGCUUAUCCUGACAGUGUUAACGUGCUAAAUGACAAGAACAAUGACGCAAGGACCCCUGACAAACUUAUCGAUGGUGUCCAAGAUACAUCAGACGGAAGUCAUAUGUGGCUUGCUCCAGUGCUGCCUUCCAUGGUGAACAGAGUGUAUGUGAUAUUUGACCAACCAACAACAGUAUCUAUGAUAAAGAUCUGGAACUACAGCAAGACUCCACAAAGAGGUGCAAAGGACCUAGCUUUAUUGGUGGAUGACCUGCUGGUGUAUAAUGGGAUGUUACACAUGGUCACAACAGGAGCUCGAGGGAUUCUGCCCAACAUGGAGGGUCCUCAAAGACAUCACACCAUUGUUUUCACACAGAACAAGGAGAUUCUUCAGCGUGAGAAACACACUAUCAUCAGUAACCAGGCUGUAGACCAGGAUAUACAGCUGACCAAUGACAAGAUGGUGGUCAGUCAUUAUAAUGACCCAAAGAAAGCUCAGGCGGGCAAACCAGUCAAUCAAGAUUUACGACCAAAGACCAGCGUGGCAGGGCAGGGCAAAAAGAGACGCUGAUUAUAGGGGUAGCUGUGUAGGUAGAAAUCCAUAUUUGGUAGCAUGUCUUCUAAUCAGACACUGUCAGCAGACCUAUGAAUUUACAGAGCUUUGGGCAAAGACUGUCAUAAGUUCUAUAGAAGACUGUGCCAUUAAUUAUAUAACCAUGUCUGAAGUCAUAGAAAUGACUGUCAAGGCACAAAACUGUGACACAUGUGACAGGAAUGUGCUCAGAAUAAAGAUGUUAAGUCAUAGAAAAGACAUCAAACUCUUGUGUCACGUGUGACAGGAAUAUCUGCUCAGAAUAAAGAUGGCAAGUCAAAGAAAAGGCUGCAUCAAAAAUCUCCUAAGGAACCAUAGUUAGAGACUCCACAUUCAGCAGUGUACUAUCAUCAGGUUUCCAACAUGAUGUUGUGACCUGAAUCUUAACCAACUUAUGGUCUGAAGUUAUGAUGAUUUGUGUUGACGUAUCUGUAAUAUUCCAGUCAUUCAGCUUCAUUCAGCUUACUGAACAGGGCACUGCUGUUCAUUGUUAGUUGUCAUCCAGGCCUCAGUGAAACUGCAUUUGUGAUAUCUAUUUUAUAAAGACCAAUAAACUUGCCUGGAGGCUGAAAUGACAACUGAUCUCAUAUCAAACAUUAACAUGAACAUCAAUUAAAUGAUGUAUUUAUUUGUUGGUUGAGAAUUAAAGACAAAACUUUAUCCUCAAUAUUUCCAUUUUAAUGGACUUGAUCCUGUAGUAAAAGAUCUAUCAUAUCUAUUAGUUCAACACUAAUAAGUUAAAUAUUAUACACAUGAACAUAAUUUAGCAUCCCUACUCAUAUUAGACUUUCAUUAAAGUCAGACAUGUUGAUGCCGUCCAAGGUUUAUACACGUUCUUGCAUAGUAUGAUGAUUAAAAUCUUGCUUCUGUGAUAUUUAUUUUUGCGAGGUUGUCUCCAAAUUGUUCAACACUAAUUUAUUGCUCACUGGAUGAAGUUGUGUAUGUGUGCGUGUGGGUGUUAUGGCAUUGUGUAACCUGGAGGCUCCAGAAGAGAGGGUUGAUUUUUUGUACUUUGUGAGUUCGACAUGAAAAGUUUUGUAUGAGAGUCAUGCCGCAAAGAUUUUAUAUAGUUGAAAAUAACCAUAACAGUUGUUGAAUCUGUGGAUUGGAUUCCAUGGAAAUAGAGAUCUUAGUCUGGUCAAAACUACAAAAUUAGCAGUAUGUUGUUCUAAUGAAACUUUCAAUAACAAUCAUGGCAAUGUAAACAAUAAAUAUUUUGUUAAGAAGAGAAACAGUUUAUGAUUACAAUCUAUUCUUUCUAAUCUGCAUUUUAUCAUUUUACUUGAGUUUAAUUGUAAAGCUUCCAAAAAUGGUUUCGAUUUUAUAGUUUGUCAAAAAUGUUUGUCUAAUUCUUUUAUUGUUUUUUCACUAAUCAAAUUCUACUUAAGCUCAUGUAAAAUGGAUGCAAUCUCAUAACACACAGAAGAAUUUGAAUUGCUUUUAUUUAUUAGUAAUAUUGGUGGUAUCUUAAUUUGAGCUUUCUAGAUUGGCCUUAUAUGUAGGUAGGAAGGUAUAUAUUUGUUAUGGAGAAGUCAUGAAGUUACAUUCCACUGUUAGGUUUUACAGGUAUAUGAUGUCCGUCCCGUGAUGUAUUGGUGUACAAUAAGAGCCUUCAUAGAAAAACCAUAUACCAUGGAUAAGAUGUCUUAUCAUCACGGUAGUGUAGAUCCAUUAUCUCUGUAUUUUACUGUUAUACAGCAAUCAUCAAUAAAUAUUGGAAAUAUGUUAUAAA